GCCGCUCGCCGCCCGCUGACCGCGCCAGGAGGAGCCCUGCCCGCCGCUCAUACCCGACGCCUCUUCCACACCCAGGACGGGAUUUUUUCCUCCCCUCUCUCGCUUCCCUCCUUCUCUCUCUUCCUCUCUGCCUCUUUUCUACACGUUCUCUAUGCUCAAUUCUCCACAGCUUCUCUCUCUCUCUCUCUCUCUCUCCCCCGCACCUCCCUUGUGAUUAGACACAUUCAGAUCUGCCAGCCACGCUGCCUGGUGGCGGCCCCUUUUGCCGGUCCUUGUCCCCAGUGAUUUUUAUAUCAACGACUCUCUUCAGCUCUGCAUCGAGCGACACCAAGCAAUACUUGCCGCUAUGGGGGACAUGACUAACAGUGAUUUUUACACCAAGAACCAAAGAAAUGAGGGCAACCAUGCCGAGGGCUUUGGCAUCUCGCUCAUGGAGCUGCGCUCCCUUAUGGAACUGCGAGGCACGGAAGCCGUGGUCAAAAUCCAAGAGGACUAUGGGGGCACGGACGGACUUUGCCAGAGGCUCAAGACAUCGCCAACGGAGGGUUUGGAAGGAGUUGCACCCGACUUGGAAAAGAGAAUAGAAGUGUAUGGACAAAAUCUUAUACCUCCAAAGAAGCCAAAAACUUUCUUACAGUUAGUAUGGGAAGCCCUUCAAGAUGUGACCCUCAUCAUCCUGGAAAUCGCCGCCUUGAUCUCACUGGGGUUGUCCUUCUACCAGCCCCCAGGGGAGGGGGGCGAGGGCUGUGGCUCGGCGGCUGCAGGUGCAGAGGACGAGGGGGAGGCGGAGGCCGGCUGGAUAGAGGGGGCCGCCAUCUUACUCUCAGUGGUGUGUGUGGUGCUGGUCACGGCCUUUAAUGACUGGAGCAAAGAGAAGCAGUUCCGUGGACUUCAGAGUCGCAUCGAGCAGGAACAAAAGUUCCAGGUGGUGCGUGGGAGCCAGGUGAUCCAACUGCCCGUGGCAGACAUUGUGGUCGGAGACAUCGCCCAAAUCAAGUAUGGUGACCUGCUUCCUGCUGAUGGAGUGUUGAUACAGGGCAACGACCUAAAGAUUGAUGAGAGUUCUCUGACUGGCGAAUCAGACCACGUGCGGAAAGCUGCAGACAAAGAUCCCAUGCUGCUGUCUGGGACUCAUGUGAUGGAGGGCUCUGGGAGGAUGGUGGUGACGGCGGUGGGAGUGAACUCCCAGACUGGGAUCAUCUUCACCCUGCUGGGUGCCGGUGGAGAGGAGGAGGAGAAGAAAGAGAAGAAAGGUGAUACAGUGGAAGAUGGCCAGCAGCUCACAGACUGCUCCCAUCCCUCCUCCCACCCCAUCGCAACUAUAGCCACCGAUGGUGCUGCAGGUGCAAAUGCCCCUGGUAACGCCAGCCUAGUCAAUGGUAAAAUGCAGGAUGGGAAUACGGAGAACAACCAGACAAAAGUGAAGAAGCAAGACGGAGCUGCAGCGAUGGAGAUGCAACCCCUCAAGAGUGCAGAGGGAGGAGAGACGGACGAGAAAGAGAAGAAGAAGACCAACGUCUCCAAGAAAGAGAAGUCCGUCCUGCAAGGAAAGCUGACCAAGCUGGCUGUUCAGAUUGGAAAAGCUGGUCUGGUGAUGUCUGCCAUUACAGUCAUCAUCCUGGUGCUAUACUUCGCCGUCGACAACUUUGUUCUGCAGAAGAGGCCGUGGAUGCCCGAGUGCACUCCCGUCUAUGUCCAGUAUUUUGUCAAGUUCUUCAUCAUUGGUGUGACAGUGCUGGUAGUGGCUGUUCCUGAGGGCCUUCCACUGGCAGUCACCAUCUCCUUGGCCUACUCAGUCAAGAAAAUGAUGAAGGACAACAACUUGGUGAGGCACUUGGAUGCUUGUGAAACCAUGGGUAACGCUACAGCCAUCUGCUCUGACAAAACGGGCACGCUGACUACCAAUCGCAUGACUGCAGUGCAGUGCUAUGUUGGAGAUGUCCAUCACAAAGAUAUCCCUGACCCUAGUGUCAUCAAUGUGAAAACACUGGACACCCUUGUGAAUUCCAUAUCCAUCAACAGCGCCUACACCACCAAGAUUCUGCCCCCUGACAAGGAAGGUGGUCUCCCCAAGCAAGUUGGCAAUAAGACUGAAUGCGGCUUGUUGGGUUUGGUCCGGGAUCUCAAACGAGACUACCAGACUAUUCGCAACCAGAUCCCUGAGGAGAAGCUCUACAAGGUCUACACCUUCAAUUCUGUCCGAAAGUCCAUGAGCACUGUGAUCAAGCUCCCAGAUGGCAGCUUCCGCAUGUACAGCAAGGGGGCAUCUGAGAUUGUGCUCAAGAAGUGCUCUCGUAUCUUGAGUGAUGUUGGAGAGCCGCGCGUGUUCAGGCCUCGGGACCGGGAUGAGAUGGUGAAGAAGGUGAUCGAGCCCAUGGCCUGCGACGGCCUGAGGACCAUCUGCGUGGCGUACCGGGACUUCCCGGCUGAUCCCGAACCAAACUGGGAGGACGAGAACAACAUCCUGAGCGAGCUGACAGCAAUCUGCGUGGUUGGCAUUGAGGAUCCUGUUCGGCCUGAGGUGCCCGACGCCAUCCUGAGGUGCCAGCGUGCAGGCAUCACGGUGCGCAUGGUCACAGGAGACAACAUCAACACUGCCCGCGCCAUCGCCAUCAAGUGCGGAAUCAUCCACCCUGGAGAGGACUUCCUCUGCAUCGAUGGAAAGGAAUUCAACAGGAGGAUCCGUAACGAGAAGGGAGAGGUGGAACAGGAGCGCAUUGAUAAGGUGUGGCCCAAACUGCGAGUGCUGGCCAGGUCCUCCCCCACGGACAAACACACACUGGUCAAAGGAAUCAUUGACAGCACAUUGGUAGAGCAGAGACAGGUUGUCGCAGUAACAGGUGAUGGGACCAAUGAUGGGCCGGCCCUUAAGAAGGCAGAUGUGGGCUUUGCUAUGGGCAUCGCUGGGACAGACGUGGCCAAGGAGGCCUCGGACAUCAUCCUGACAGACGACAACUUCAGCAGCAUUGUGAAGGCGGUGAUGUGGGGGCGCAACGUCUACGACAGCAUCUCCAAGUUCCUGCAGUUCCAGCUGACGGUCAACGUGGUGGCCGUGAUCGUGGCGUUCACCGGGGCGUGCAUCACACAGGACUCCCCUCUGAAGGCGGUGCAGAUGCUGUGGGUGAACCUGAUCAUGGACACGUUUGCCUCCCUGGCCCUGGCCACGGAGCCGCCCACCGAGUCUCUGCUCAUGAGGAAGCCGUACGGCAGGGACAAGCCCCUCAUCUCCAGCACCAUGACCAAGAACAUCCUGGGCCACGGCGUCUACCAGCUCACCAUCAUCUUCACGCUGCUCUUUGUGGGGGAGCAGAUCUUUGACAUUGACAGUGGUCGCAAUGCCCCACUGCACUCCCCUCCUUCUGAGCACUACACCAUCAUCUUCAACACCUUCGUCAUGAUGCAACUCUUCAAUGAGAUCAAUGCCCGUAAGAUUCAUGGCGAGAGGAAUGUGUUUGAUGGCAUCUUCAGAAACCCAAUCUUCUGCUCGAUCGUACUGGGAACCUUUGCCAUCCAGAUUGUGAUCGUGCAGUUUGGAGGAAAGCCAUUCAGCUGCUCCCCACUGGACUUGGAGAAGUGGAUGUGGUGUGUCUUUCUAGGGCUGGGAGAACUGGUCUGGGGUCAGGUCAUCUCCACAAUCCCCAACAGCAAGCUGAGGUUCCUGAGAGGAGCAGGGCGGCUGACCCACAAGGACGAGAUGCCCGAGGAGGACAACAACGAUGACCAAGAGGAGAUCGACCACGCGGAGAGGGAGCUGCGGCGGGGACAGAUCCUCUGGUUCCGUGGCCUCAACCGCAUCCAGACACAGAUCCGUGUUGUGAAUGCAUUUCGUAGCUCUCUCUAUGAAGGCUUGGAAAAACCAGAAUCCAGAACCUCCAUUCACAAUUUCAUGACCCAUCCCGAGUUUAGAAUAGAAGACUCCACACCCCACAUCCCACUCAUAGAUGACACUGACAUCGAUGAUGAGGCCAGGAAGAACCUGGCCAGUCAGCCCUCUUCACCCAACAAGAACAACAACGCCAUUGACAGUGGCAUCAACCUCACCACCGACACAAGUAAAUCAGCUGCCUCCUCCACUCCAGGCAGCCCCCUCCAUAGUUUGGAAACAUCCCUUUAGCCCUCAUCUCCUGGGGAAAAAAGAUUUAUUAUGGGGAAAAAAUAAUAAACUAUACAAUCUCAAGCAUAACAAAGCCAACACAACAUGUGUAAGGCACCUGCGCUGCAGACUGAAGAAGUGUUCCGAACCAUUUUUUAGUUGUUUUUCCCUCUCUUUCUUGGUGGCAAUGUUAAGGAGACGCAGCUGUGGCUGAACUUGAACAGUAUCAGAUUCAAACUGACCACUCUUUUUUGCUGGCAACAGUGACAGUAAUAAUAAUAUUUUAAAAGCCAGUUGACUUCAACUAUUAUAAUUCCUCCUGCAUGAAUGUACAUUACCCAAGUUUUUAUUUAAAUUGUUGAACAUUUUAUUUGGACUCUAUGAUUUUGAUUUGGUGGGAAGUGCCGUGGACUGCUAUUUUAAGACAGAUUAUCCAAUUCACUGGUCUGUGAGUUUCUUGUGUGGCAUGUAUCUAACUGUAUAGAUUUAUUUCAUUAAAUAAAGUGUAUCAAGGUUGCAGGGCUCAACUUGCACUGUAGAUUUGCACCUGUUGGAAAAGAGGAACCCAUGAAUAAUAGCAUUUAUUAAAAUAUAAUAUAUAAAAUUAUAUAUACAUAUAUGUAUAAACAUAUACAUAUGUAUACAUAUAUGUAUUAUAUAUAUCUAUAUAUACAGAGUUUAUCUUUGUUUGUUGGCAUGUUGCCUUGUUUCUGCUUAAAUGGCUCUAAACUACUUUAACUUAUUUAUGUCCUAAAGAGAAUGUAAUUUGUUUACAAAACCGUAGAAGCGUCCUGGUUUAUUUGUAGGGUUCAAAUCCAUGCAGCAGAUAUAGUCAGAACAGCUCAAGAUGUUGAAUACUCCUGUAAUAUUGGACUAGGUGUUUUAUUACAAACUGUGUGCUGGACUUGCCUGCUAUUUUGUCAGAUAUUGUAGAUAAUUUUAGAGGAUAACAAAAGAAACCAAAAUAUAGUGGGAUAUAUAAUUCAUGUGGCAUCUUAGUAUUACAUGAUUGUUUGGAUCAAGUCUGAGCGAUUCCCUCUGUUUCCAACCACAGAUCUUAAGAUGAAGUUGGGUUUUUUCCAUUAUUAAUCUAUUUUUUUAAUGCUUGAAUGAACUUGAAGUCAAUCUCAAAAAUGAGUGGGCCAUUCAGGUGUAAUUAAAUGAACUAUCUACUCAACAACUACUGCUUGUUUAACGAAAAGUGUUUUCAAUUAUGUGUGACCCUUCAAAGGAUGCGAUGGAUUUUUUUAUGUUAGAAACAAAUGGAAACUAAGUUAUAUUUGGCUUUUCUGUAUGGAAAUCAAAACAUUGUGUUGAAAUCUUGUGAUAUAUUGUGCUGAUUCUUUUUUUUACUUUUUCAUUUAUUUUUCUUUAAAAGAAAGAACCCAGCUCAAGAGCUGAUGACAUUUUAAACAACUGAAAAAAUAACAAAAUGGAAUGUUGCUUUUGACUCAUUUCUAAGAAAUAUAUAUAUAAGAAAUAUAUAGAAGUAUAUAUAUAUAUUUCUAUAUAUAUGAGACACAUGAACCUUUUCUGCACUACCCUGAUAUGAAUGAAUUAUGUGGUGUUAAUGUAGAUGUGCUUCUGUGUUUUAAACGAGCUUGUCUUCCUGCCGUCACAAAUAUAUUCCAGCAUUUCGCUAGUUGUAAAAUAUUUAUUGUGGUAUAGAAAUGAAAGAUCACAUAGAAGAUCAAUUUUUGGAGGGACAUAUGAGGAUGCAUCAAGUUGUCCCUGACCCUGAUAUUGUAUCCCAGUUGUUUGGUUAUCACCAAUUAGAGCCAUUGGGGAAGCAUGAUGCUAUAUGUUCAAUAUGCAAUUUGAAAUCAUCCAACUUUCUACCAGUAAGCUUUUUAUACUCUCUUUUGACCUACUCUUUAUUUGCCUGUUUCAUCCUCUUUCUUUUGAUUAGUCACUUGUUUCAUUGUGCAAGGGUGAACAAGCUUUAACUGUUAGCUCAGGCAAGGACUUCAGCAAAGGAACAUUUAUGAGAUCCCUCGUUUAGGACAGCAAGUGUUAUUUCCAUCCUGGUGAUCCCCACAGAGAAUGAUUGGUUUUGAUAUAUUGCCUGGAUUUCUUUGAAAAUAUAUCAGAUGCAUUUUCACAUCCACCAAAAAUCCAGCUUUAGCUACCAGAUAUUAGAACAUUUAUUAUUUGUUCAUGGAGCACAGUCUCACUUGAAACCACUUCUCCAGCCAGGUUUGCGUGGACAGGGACUGAAGCUUAUUUCAUUGAUCUCAUAUAAGUCCUCUCCAGCUCAUCAGUGCAACUGGUCAAGUCUCUCUGCACAAUGCCCCACCACUGAUGUUGGGCCAAAUCACAGAUGCAGUUGAAAACAUGCAUAACAAACAUCUUAAUGACAAUGUUGAAGCAUUCUAAUACGAAUAAUAACAAUGAUAUGAAUAAUAUUUCUUGCAAUACAUCAAACUGCUUCUAUGUACUGUACUUAGCAGCAUGCAUUUUGUGAAACAAAGAAUAUGUAUAUAUAUAUAUAUAUAUAUAUAUAU